GAGAAAGCAGGCCAACAGAUUGGCAUAAAGGUUGAAGAUCUGAUCAGCCAAGGGGAAUGUUCCUCUCCAUCCAACCUCAGGAGAAAAAUUGAAGAAUCGAGGCAAAUACUUGAGCAAGGAAAAGAAUUCACUAAUGCUGGUGUGAUUUUGGUCAGAGAUGAUCACUCAAUCAAAGGAUUUCCACUUCUCGUUGAAAAAUGUAGUGGCAGGGAUGAUAUACAAGAAGAAAUUCUGGAAUGGUUGAAGGGAGACAAGGUUGCAAGAAUUGCAAUUUCGGGAAUGGGUGGUGUGGGCAAGACAACAAUUAUGAAGAAUGUCCACAACCAACUGACAGCUUCCUGCUAAUUCUGGAUGAUGUGUGGGAGCCUUUUUCUCUAGAAGAUGUUGGAAUUUCUAAUCCAGUUGGAAAUAAUGGUUGCAAGUUAGUGCUCACAACACAGUCAAAAGAUGUUGCUCGUGCAAUGGAUUGUAAUGUGAUCCAUGUGAACCCUUUUCCACCUGAAAAAGCAUUAGAAUUAUUCUCGGAGGAAAUUGGAAGUGAUGUGUUUUCAGAUGGCAAAAUUAAAAGAGAUAUAAAGCCAUUUUUGAAGCAAAUUUUGCAGAAAUGUGAUGGAGUACCCCUUGCUAUUGUGAUAGUGGCAAAAUCAAUGAAAGGGAAAUUACUUCCUCGUCAUUGGAAGUUGGCACUUUCUGAAUUUAGUAAAUUUGAAAGCAUUAUUGAUUGUUUGAAAUUCAGUUAUGAAUGCCUAGAACCACAAUGCCAAGAGUGUUUCCUAUACUGUGCAUUGUAUCCUGAAGAUGCUGAAAUCUACAAGGAAGAGUUAAUUGAGUAUUGGAUUGAGGAGGGGCUUAUAUAUAAAGAAGGGAAAACUAGGGAGGCAAUGUAUUGGAAGGGUCAUGAUAUACUCGAUAAGUUAGUUAACAACUGCUUGUUGCAAUCGGUUAAAAAAGAAGACGAAGAAGAAUGUGUGAGUAUGCAUGAUCUUCUCCGAGAAAUGGCACUGGAAAUCAGUCCUCAAUUCUUGGUGAAAGCUGGCAUAGCCUUGCGAAAGUUACCAGAGGAGCAUGAAUGGAGAGAAAAUCUUUUGAAGGUUUCUUUAAUGAGGAAUCGCAUAACAGAAAUUCCUUCAAGCAUGCCGUCUCCAAAGUGUCCUAUGCUCACAACCUUGCUGUUGUCCAAUAAUAAUAUUUUAACAAUUCCAGAAGCUUUUUUUGAGCGUAUGCUUGGGCUCAAGAUUGUUGAUCUUUCCAAGAAUCGUCAGCUAUGUAGGCUGCCGAGUUCUAUCUCCAAAUUGGAGAAGCUUACUACAUUAUUGCUAUGGGGAUGUCAGUCCUUAAGAGAGACGAUUGGAAUUUGGGGGAAGCUUCAAAACCUUGAGAAGCUGGAACUUGGUUCUUUGUAUAACUUGAAUAUGGUGUUUGGGGAAGUAGGAGCAAUUGCUGAGUCAGCAUCGUUACCAGCUGGCAGAUUUUCCUCCCUUCAAGAUAUUAGAGUUUGGGGAUGUAAUAAAAUAAAGAAGUUAUUCUCGGUUAGGUGGCUGGGAUAUCUCCAGAAACUACAGACUGUUCAGACUAUUGAGGUUAAAUGGUGUUCGCAAAUGGAGGAGCUGAUAUCGUCAUCGGCACAUGAAGAAGAAAAAGUCACUCUACCCGAGUUAGAAAGGUUGGAAUUGACAAAAUUGCCCUUAUUGAAGAGCAUCUGCAGCAGCUCCAGCGUGUUGAUUUGUGAUUCCAUCCGGAGCUUGACGAUUUUCGACUGUAAGAACCUAAAGAGGAUUCCUCUGAAUUUUCCCUUGCUUGAUAAUGCCCAAUCAUCCCAUCCUCCUUCCCUCAAAGAAAUUGUGCAAUUGGGAUUCGACUCGGUAACCACAAGAAAGUUGGAGGAAAUCACAUAUGCACUAGUUGCCACUGCUAUUGGGUUUUCAAUGUAAUAUAAUCUUUGUUUUUCUUUUGCUGUGUGUGUUGUGUGUUUAAAUAUGUCCAAUUUUAAGUGGAAAACUGGAAAUGUUUGUUUCUUUAUUAUCUGUGUAAUGUUGUCUUUGAAACUCUGUGUGAAAAAGACUUGAAACUGUAUUUGCUUUUCUUGUCAUAUUCCCUGCUUCCAUGCCUCUUAUUUGACACCUAGUUUCAAAUUCGAUGGUUUCCAUGUGUGCCCUUAAAGAUGUCUGCUCUGGCCAUGGACAAAUUGACUCGAUUUUUGAAGGUGACUUCUUAGUUGGUUACGGUUGAGUACUCUCUUGCUAUUUUUAUUAUAUCAAUGCUUUUCUUUUCUUUUUUUUUGGGGGGUGAAAUAUAAGGACUUGCUAAUCAUACUUAGAGGCUGUUAAUUUAUUCUGAUGCAGUAUUUUUAACUUGUGGUAUUAAGAUAAUAUAUGAUGUUACACAGUGGGAAACAUUUGCAAAUCUAUUAAGAUGCUUGUUAGAAACAAAGUUGAUAAUGUGUA